UGAUGACGUCGCUUCCGCUUGUUUCACCCGACAUUACAACAACAAGCUGGUCGGUCGACUUGAGAGGAGGAGGCAGAACUACACAUCACCAGAAACCCAACAAUUGUGACCACAGGAGGCGUCCUCACUUAGCACUCUGCACACGCUCCCCCACCAAUGACACAGCUGUUGUAGAGGGGAAGCCCCCAACCACUGCAGGGACUGGUUUAAGUGGUAUGCGGAGGUCAGAAUGAAGAGGAUUUGAUUGAAUCUUCCCCUCAGGUGAGCCCUGAGUUCCGAUAGUAAGCUCUCUUGAGCUUAGGUUCUUCAGAGCCCGCUCCUGUAGUAAUAUGAACCAUGGACUCUGGGGCAGUUGACAGUCCUGUCACCUUGGUCAUCAAGGCCCCCAACCAGAAGUACGACGACCAGACUAUAAACUGCUUCCUCAACUGGACCGUGGAGAGAUUGAAGAGCCACAUCGCCAACGUAUACCCCAGCAAGCCGUCGUCCAAAGACCAGCGGCUGGUGUACUCAGGGAGGCUGCUCCAAGAUCACCUGCAGCUCAGAGACGUGCUCAGAAAGCAGGAUGAAUACCACAUGAUGCACCUAGUGUGUGCCUCCCGGAGCCCUCCAGGCUCACCCAUGCCUCGUAGCCCCUCCACGGCUGAGCCAGCUGCCUCUGGCUCCAGCUCCAGCUCCAGCAGUUCGGACAGUGCUGGCUCCGCCUCCCCUGCCAACACACCAAAUCAGGACAGUCAGCCGGCAGCGUCCUCCUCUUCCUCUGUCCCAGGAAGUUAUGAUGGGCUGAGGUAUCGUGGUGGUUUCCCCGCUGCUGCUGUCCCACAGUGGCCGGAUGGAGCACAGGUUCCUUUACAAGGUGGCCUGCCUGCCAAUGUGCCCCCCCACCCCAUGUACAUGCCCAUGCAAAUGCUGUGGUGGCAGCAGAUGUACGCCCGCCACUACUACAUGCAAUAUCAAGCAGCAGUGGCCGCCUCUCAGCCUCCCUCUGCCGCCACUCCCUCUCCUCCCAGCUCCUCCCCCUCGCUGCGUCAACCCGCCCAGCCCAACGAAGCUGUGCAGCCCCCACUGGGACCUAACCCCGCCCCCAACCCCGUACCGGAGAACCAGCCGGUCAACCCCAACAUCCAGAUGAACGCACAAGGCGGGGCGGUGCUGAACGAAGAUGAGCUGAACCGUGAUUGGCUGGACUGGCUGUACACAGUGUCGCGCGCCGGCGUGCUGCUCAGCAUCGUCUACUUCUACUCCUCCUUCAGCCGCUUCGUCAUGGUGGUCGGCGCCAUGCUGCUGGUCUACCUGCACCAGGCCGGCUGGUUUCCCUUCAGACCAGAACAACAGAACCACAGAGGAGGGGAACAGGGCGGGGCUGCCCAGGACGAGGCAGAGAGACACCAGGACUUACAGGAAAUCGAGCGGCUGAUGGACGAGGGCAUGGAUGACGAGGACAGCGGAGAGGAAGGAGGCGGAGGCCCGGAGGACCAGGCCCAGGCCGUCGCUGCGCUCCCACAGCCAGGCUUCCUUACCUCCGCCUGGUCCUUCAUUAGCACCUUCUUCACCUCGCUGAUCCCCGAAGGACGGCCCCACCCUGCCAACUAGACCAACCCCACCCAUCUCCAAACACCCCCAAAUACCCCGUUCGCUCCUACCAUUCGUUCCCUGUCAGACCCUGUUUCCACCCUCCUCUUACCUGUCCUAAAUACCCCUCUAAACCAUCUCCAAAUACCCCACCACUCACCUGAGACUGUCCUGUAUUCCCAGUCACCCAGCUACGAACCUCCAACAUGCUGCCAACUAACGGACUCAUAUUUCCAUGGGGCUACACUGAAGUUUUAGAGGCGGAGCAGUGCGUGUGUCUGUUCUGAAGGGGGUGGGUGAAUAAAGUAACAAAUAUAUAGACAAAAAAUUCAUGCCACGCCGUGUUAAUGGAGUUAAUGCUUCAGCAGCAAAAUAUGUCUCCCCCUCUGUCAUUGAUCAUGUAAACUCAUUCAGAUGUAGUGAGAGCCCCCAGAGGGAGUUGUCUUCCAUUUUAAAAAGUGAUAAGGUUGUGGUUUUGAAACUUCACCAUAUAAGGAAUGUGGCUCAAAACAUUUUAAAAAAAAUAACCAAACAGUAAUCUCUCUAAAAUGAGUGAGAGAUGAGUGUCGAAAGCAGACAAUGAAUAUCCACAUCCCUAAUAAUGUCAUGUAUGCACAUGAUGUGCAUAUAGAUAUUGCAGCAACUGAAGCACAUUGUUUUCCCUUUGUGUAUUUGAACAUUAUCUAUUUACACAUGUAAGUAUAUGCAUCUAUAAUUCCUGAAUAUAUGCCUUUUUUGAAUAAAAGACUUGUUGCGGUUUGA